AUGACGCCUAACGCAGCAUUCCUGUCUCUUUCUGAAGAACUCCACGUUUACAUUCUGAGCUUCCUUCCUUGCCGAGAUAUUCUUCGUUGUACGGCUGUAUGUAAGCUCCUCCGUCAGAUGUACAUGUUCUCCUCCGAGCUUCAAUACAUCGUUGAACUCAGUGGCCAACUAUUGCUCCCUGUCCCCAGAACGGGAAAUCACACGCCUGUUUCCGAGCGCCUACAGCUCUUGAGAGACGAAGCCCACGCGUGGUUCAAAGUUGACAUCCACUCUUUCGAGACAGUCUUCAUACCUGAUGAACUGGACUUCUCGCAAAAAAAUUUCGCCAGUGGGCAUCUCUACGUGUGCGACCGAGAUGAAGACUCGGCGGUGAUCAUGCCAAUACUACCAAAGCCCCCACAACAAUCAAUCCAGCGCAACUGGUCUCCAGGAACAUUGCGUUCAGUUCCCAACUCAACCAACCUCAACGUGCUCAUGGACCUAGCACAAAACCUGAUCGCCGUCGUGUAUAUUGUUGAUGACGAGAGACUUCACGUUGACCUUAGAGCGCUGGAAAGCGAUCGUGUUCAUCCCCAAGCCGUCGGCCAGACACUGUUUAUGUCGGAGUUGCCCCGAGCUGACGACAACUUAAUUGAAACAACGGGAGCGAAGAUCAAAUGUUUUGGGAGGCACAUCGCUGUGCUGCGCUGCUUGUUCGUUGUAUCCUCGACUUUAUCCUACAAGAUGUGGCAGUUGCAGAUUUGGGAUUGGCAACACUCGACGGAAUCCAAUAGCGUCCUUGGCGACAUAAUACAGCGCCCAUUGGACCGGAUCGAUUUUUGUUUUCUCGGAAACAAUAGGUUGCUCGUUGUCACCCACGAUUUGAAGCUUUACUCAAUCGGUGAUAUGUCCCAGACGCCGCAAUUGCUGGCGUGCUUCCUAAUGCCCAUCCCACUGGAGGACACACAGUGCUUCCUUCCUAUGGAUGAUAUUGAACAUAGCUCAGAAUGGCAGACGCAAGCCCAACAAACGACACAUAUCUCAGACGCCAAACAACGGCUGCUAUGCAUUACUGCGUCUGCUUCAAUCUUCGUCGUUUCCACGAAGAUUUUUUUCGACCUUGAAGAAAUGGUAGCAGGAAUGCCAAUACCGUGGAAUCACUGGGGCCCUUCAAAUACUCGUAUUUUCGAGCACACAGACGAAUGCAAAGUUUACGUUAGCGGGAAUCGAGUUUUGCAGACAUUCCCAGUCGACACUUCGGUUUUCAGUCAUUCCACGAAGUAUGUAUUACAUAUGAUGGACUUCAGCCCACUUGCUGUGACGAACAGAAAGGGUUUAGGACGAGUGGUGAAGGAGCCAUCAUCUGUGGUGCAAACAUUUUGCUCCACUCUUGGCAAGUUUGAGGUCGUGACAACUGCAACGUCCCUGCCUUACGUUGAGGUCGUAUGGGAUAGGAAAUUUGGUUUUGGCGAGUUAGAGGACAUAUGGCUUGAUAGGGAUAGGAUCUAUCUUCUCAAGGCGGGGGGAUAUCGGGAAGGAGCGGACCUCCGUGCACCACAGCUCAGCAGGCUUGAAGUCAUUGACAUCUAG